UGACCCUCUUCCCCAGGACAACAUUUAAAAUUCCCGCCAAGGCGCCAAAAGGCGCAAAACAGCAUAACGUUGUGACAAAAUGGAGGGAAAGUCUGUAGGAGAGCGCUGUUCGAAGGCUAAUACUCCUGGCAUUUUUGUAAGUAGUUUGAGUCAAGCUAAUGCAUUUCAAGCGGAGUGCUCAUUAGCAGAUCGUGCGAGCGGUUUACCGCUUGCUGACGUUCGGCUCAUACAAAAGCAAGAAUCCAUGCGUGUAGUUGACGAACAUAUUCGUAAUAAUGAGAUGUAUGGUAAACACAAGCAAAGUAUCAAAGCUAUACGAAGGAAAAGGUUAAGGAGGAACAAGAAAAAAAAGGAAUCUCUAAAGUUUACUAAACAAGCAAGAAAGGAAAAGCGGUCUCGAGUUAACCAGACAAUUGAAGAGCUCCAAAUUAAACUGCAGAGGCUGACUGAUGAGAGAAUCCAGGGCCAAGUCAGCCAUGAACAACCCGACCACUGGCGUAAUAAGUUAUACGACCAAGAAAAGGCGAAAAAGUCAACCAUAUACAGGUAAUUAAUAUGAGAAAUCUUGUUCUUAUAUAACGUUUUAAUUGUUGAGAAAAUUGAAAAUACCGCUUUAAUAUAAAUCGCUAUAUACAAUAGUUCCAAGUUAUGCAUCGAUGUUCGAAUGCAGCUCAUUAAAUUUGUCAAAAAAAACCAGCCAAUAAUUAAUCAAACGUACAACGUUUGACUACAAAGUUCGAACAGAAUUAUUUGUAAUUAAGUCACUGAUUGUGCUUUAGGCUUUUUAGAAGUUUUCUCAAAACAUUAAUGUAGUAUGUUUGUGAUGUUACUCUGAGUGUACUGUAUAUCCACACCGGGCAGGCUUGAAAAAUAUGUCUGGUUACGGUGGGAAUCGAACCUACGACCUUUGGAAUACUAGCCGUCUAGCCCAAUGGUCUGCCAACUGAGCUACGCAAUCACGGCCGGUUUGGGUAACCGAACACAGACAAAAACAUAUUACUAGAUUACAUCUGGUAUCGCAGGAACUAGAUUCUGUUCCAAAAUAUCACUUACUCAAACCAACCUGACCGUGUAGCUCGGUUGGCAGAGCAUUGGGCUAGACAGCUAGUAUUCCAAAGUUCGUAGGUUUGAUUCCCACCGUGACCGGGCAUAUUUUUCAAGCUCGCCCGGAUAUACUGUACACUCAGAGUAACAUCACAAACAUAUUCACUAGUUGAGUACCCGACAUCAACACAGAAAAAAAUUAAUGUAGUAUGCAAAAAGAUUGCAUCAUUAAAUAUUACAAUGCAUGACGACCACAACAGUACAGGUACAACAGAAACUGUUCUGUUUGAAUACACACGUUUUAAGACAGAGAAUCUAAAAACAUAUAUUUGGCGCGAACGCAUUGUAUGACGUAAUUACAAGACUUAAAUAACAUACGUCAGAAUAACAAAACAAAUAUGUAACAGAAACAACUUUAAUAAUACUCUACAGUAUGUAGGCAAUUCAGUGGUUGUUUACUGUAAACCUCCGACAAUACAGCUGGGCUUACAGUAUAUACUUUUGUAAGUGAUUUUUGAUGGGCUUAUACAAGGGGUGGGGGGCUUAUAUUUGGGGGGGGGGCUAAUACAUGGACGAUCUUUUGUAUUAGUAAUAAACAAGUCAGACAUAAACAAGUCAGUCAUAAACAGGAAAAUAAACAUGUAUUAAUAACACGCUUUGAUUCACAUAGUCGACUGUAAAGACAAUGUCAAUAUAUUAUAUUAAUGUUUUUAAAUAUCAUUCUCUGCUGUAUUAAAAGAUAAUGUCAAUGUUGAAUAACAUAGUGGGUACUGGGCUUAUAUUCAGGGGACUUAUAUUUGGAGGGGCUUAUAUUUGGGGGGGGGGGCUUAUAUUUGGAAUGAGGUGAGCGUUAGUGUAUGUGAUGGGCUUAUAUUCGGAAGGGGGCUUAUAUAGUUGGAGGUUUACCGUAUCUGGUACCAGGGACAUCUUCCGUAUCUGGUACCAGGGGUAUCUUCGAGACAACUUUGCUGCAGUGUCGGGUGGAAAAGUUGUCCCUAGACUAGAGGCUGAACUGCUGAGGCAAACUUUAAUUUACAUGUAGAAAAGUUAAUGUUGUCUCGCCCAGCGUUACCAACUGUAAUUUUGUAAAUAUACCAAGUAAGCUCCCAAAAUAUCCCGAGAUUCCCUAAAAAAUUCGCACUUUUUUCAGUGAACUGCCUUUUUUACGUCAUUAUCAGGUCAUUAUAAUUUAGCUGGUUUUCGUGCCAAUAUCGGGUAGGAUAGCCCUGUACGUCAUGCUGUAAAACAAAAUUUUUCAUCAGAUAUGCAGCUCAAUUGGGUUUUAAAUACAGCGGACGAACCCUGUAUUUUUAGCAAAAUUGCAAAAUUAGUCAAUUUUACCAAAAAAUCAAUUUCUAAAUUUAGAACUUCUCUUUCUCAAAAAUAAAAUAAAAUCCCGAGAUCGUCUUUUUGAAAUAAAAAUAAAAAAACAAUCCCAACUGCUUCAAAAAAUCCCGAGAUCUUGGGAUAAAAUCCCGGACUUGGCAACGCUGGUCUCACCCCCUAGGGUUAUCUCUUUCGUAAACAUAGUGUUGCUACCCCCAGGGCAGUCGCUACAAUAUGAAUUUUACUUUGCCUCUGCCAAGGAUUUGUCGAGGGUGUCUCUGGUACCGGAGACCAUAUAAACAGCCCCUCAAAAUAUGAAGUUGCAUUUGGAUUGUACAGCUAAGUUUGUAAUGAGACAACCUUAAUUGAACCAGCUGCAUAUGUUUAUGUAUAACGAGUUUACAGUGAUCUAAGUCUUGUACUGUAUCGGUAUAAAUAUCUGUAAUAAAGAAAUGUUGGCCAUCCCAUGUUCAUGUACAGUGGCUUUAUAUGUAGAAUACAACAUCAAUAUUGACAACCUGUCCAGUUCGACAAUGUCAUAUUCUGAUUCCCAUCAAAACAGACUUUUACAGUUUUGUGGCUAAACUUUUUCUUGUUCCUCAACAUGCAAGUCUUUCACUCUCUUGAUGAGGAGUAAAAUUGUCUAGCAAAAAAGUGUACAGUACUCAGGAAUGGAAAAUUUAGGGUCAUGAACCAGGUAAACUUACUUAACUUUGAUGCGCCAAACUGGUCAUGGAUAUGUCAGAGAUCUGACAUGUGCUGUAUUUAUACAUACUAAAUUGUUAUAUACAGUAACUAGGGUACCUGCAAGGUCUGUAGGGAUUGCUGCGGGCAUUAAAAUCUUAUUAAUCAUAUCAAGCACAGUGAUUACUCGCAGCAACUAGUCACUAGUGAGCUGUGAAUGGAACUGAGAAGAAGCAAUAUUGAAGUAGCAAAGACCAGGGGUUUAAGGGCAAUCAGAGCUGACAGAUAUUAAACAUGUGCGUCUCUCAUGUUGCUGCUACGCUCGCUCGUUUCAGGCUCACUCGCUCCGCAGCAAUUAUGGCCCUAGUGUACCGGUACACUACUGUAGGGGUUAAUGGCUUAUUGUGGCAAUCUAUUUUGUACACUCAUUUCAGUACCCCUGAAAGAUCAUGUUUGUUUGGUACUGCAUAUAAUAUUUUCAUUAGGAUCUGUUAAAUGCACCAAUGUCUCUUAACUAUUAGGCGGAAUGCAAUAUACAGUACUGUACUUUAAUAGGUUAAUAACUAAUUAUAUAACAUUUUUGAGGGGUCUUUCCUAGCUUAAUCUGUUGACAAAUGAGACGUAGAAAUUGUUAAGGUUAACCUGUUAGUAUGCAAGCAUGUGGUCCUUGUUGUAGGAUAAAAUAAGUUGUCUUUGUCUGCAAUGAUAUUCAGUGGGUUUACCACUUUGGUCAAUAAUAUAGUCAACUGUCAACAUUUUCCUGAAAUUCUCCCUUAUUAAUCUAAAGUAAAAAACCUAUCUUGAGAAAAUAUGAUGGUAUACUGUAAUAUAUAUUGUAAGUAAAACUGUUGUUGGUGUUUCUUACUUGAAAUUCAAAGUAGAAUUAUUAAUUUAUUAAAAUAAAAAUAAUCUUUUAGAGCACCGAAGAAUCUCAACAGAAAUAACCUAAAGAGCUUGAAUUGCACUGCUGCUGAUGCUUUUCUUGGGAAAGGAACUUUUGGCACAUGUACAAAAAUGUUGUACCGGGACUUGGAGGUGGCAGUUAAGUCCUACCAAGAAAAUGUUACUAGAAACUGUGUGCAGUGGGAAGCAAGUAUAAUCAAUCUAUUUGAUCAUCCAGGUAAACAUGUGUAAUUUCCUUCAAUAUAUCAUAUUCUACAAAACCAUAUGUUGUACCGGUAGUACAGGGACAUACCUGUACAUAAUAUAUGGUAUAAUGUGUUGAUCAGUAUAUUUUAAAUUUAGAUUUCCAUAUACUGUAGGGUCUAAUUUUACCACACAAAGAACAAUAUGCAUGCCACUUAUUUCUUCUCCAACCUUUGGAGAGUGAAUUCAAUAAUUGAGCAUUUUCAUGGACAAGUGUGGACUAUAUACAACCGGUGUCCCAGGAAUUUUGCCUCCUCCCAGCUGGGGGCAAUAUUCUUAGUAAUAUUGCCCUCCCAGAGGGUGAAGUUCCUAGGAAAUUUAUCCCUUUUUAGAAACUUCACCUUUCCUUUAGGACUUUUGCCCUGCUAACAGUUGCAUGGGAUAAUUAUUACAUGGCUUUACAUAGUCAUUUGAAAUCAUGAUAAAUUCAAAAUUGUUAAUUACAGUUACAUUUAACGUUUUCAGUGUUAUUGUUACAACCUGGUCAGUGGCGUAGCCAGACCUUCAUUUUUGAGGGGGCGAAGCGAAUGCCGAAGGCGCGAGACCAUCUAGGGGGGGUCCGGGGGCAUGCCCCCCCCCCCGUGAAAAUUUUGAAAUCUAGAGUCCCUGAAAUGGGGGUGAAAUCUUGCAGAAUUCCGAAGAUUAUAAAGUACAUUAAAGACAUAAAUUUUCCCAGACAUUUCUAAUUUUCUACUCGGAAUUAAAUAAAUUGGAAAAGUCACCUUGAAAAACAGGAAGAGCCGGUCAGCGUCAUCUUAUUUCCCCUCUGUGAUGCUGGGGGAAGAAAGUCCCAAUGUGAUUUUGAUCAGAAAUGUUGCAUUUAAAUCAUUCUAGGUUCUAUGAGACAGCAUUUCCGCAUUCUCAAAAUUGCGUUGCUUUUUUUAUACGAUACAGAACAAGUCUGAGAAGAAUAUUCAUGCUAUGAUAAUGCAUACAUGUAAAUCUAAACUAAAUCUAUUCUUCUUGGAACCAUAUCUACAACUGCUUUAACGAGAUUUUACAAAGUUCUGAUCAAGUUCCUCGUCGAUUUCCUUAGUCGAGACGUACUUAAUCAGUUUCAGCUUCGAGGAUGUAACGCGUACAAUUUCUCUGCGGAUUUAGCCUUUUUCAGAGAAUGGUGUUUUGCCACUGAACCUGAACCUGGUAUUUGUUCACGGAUGAAACUAACUGUAUAUAGUGGCUUUUCGAUUAGAUAAAUUUAACUUAAAUUUGUUGUUGACAUUGACAGGCGGUUAAGUGUGUGAUAGCGUCUCUGUGGGCAAUGGUUUCACUUUAGAUGUGUGGAAUAUGAGGCAUAUGACACUAGUCUAAGUAUAAAUGUCUGGAGUGGUUAUGCCGACUGUGCACUCCACCAGCUGCUAAGAAGCCUAAAAUGUCAAUGUAAUUUUGUCUCCUUGAUAAAUAAAUAAAUCAUAUUUUUCAAUGCUCUUUUCAACUUGCAAUUUUUUUUAGAUCAAAAAUUCAAAUUCAAAGAAUUUUUUUGGGGGAGGCAAAUUUUUAAGGGGGGACGAAAUUAAUAGGGUAUUUGCCCCCUGGAGCGAUAUCCCUAGGAUUAUGUCCUUCCCUUUAUGAGAGGGUUGCGAAUCUCCUAGGGGAGACCGAGGGGCAAAAUUCCUGUGACACUGGUACCAGCAAAACAUUAAAGUUAAUUCAAAUUAUGCUUUUUAUGUUAAUUUGAAUGUUUUUUUAUUUAUUUAUUUAAAAUAUUUGCAAAACAAUAUUUUUUAUUAUUUUAUUAUACUGUAAAUGCCUAAAGCCAUUCAUUGUAAAAAUAAAGAAAGGGAAAGUUAUAUAAGUGACAAAAAUCUAAACAUGUUUUUGUUCCUUGUUAGGAUUACCAUUGUUGUUUGGCUACUGUUUAGAAGUAAAACCUUUCCUAAUGGUCAUGCAAUUUCAUGGAAUUGAUGGAAACUCUACCACCUUGCAGCAAGUAUCCAAGUCAGGUAUGUUGCUUGACAUCGUGGAGUGGCAUAGAAUUUUCUAUGAGGUUGCAGAUAUACUUCUUUGCGUUCACAAAAAGUCAUUUCUGCACAACGAUAUCAAGGCAGAUAACAUUUUGAUCACGAAGAGAAAUAAAUGCAUCCAUCCCAUCUUGAUUGACUUCGGAAAGUGCAGAAGGGUAUCACAAGCCAAGUGGUACAAAUUAGACAAAAAACAACAAGAAAAAUAUUUUAAAAAUCACUGGCACCUUGCUCCAGAGCUAAUUCUUGGUACCCAUUGUCAGUCCUUUGCCUCUGAUGUUUUUUCGCUUGGGAUUAUGCUUUCGACAAUUUACAAAGCCUUACAACUAAAAUGUAAAGUUUUAAAAACAAUUUAUAGGAACUCUGUAUCUCCGAACCCAGCUAGUAGAAUAUUAGUCAAGGAUAUUUUGCGGCAAUUAAAGCAUGAUUAA